UGCUUCAAUCAGCUUAGUUUAUACGAUCUGUUUUUAACGUUGAGUCUUGUCGUCAAUAAUCCGAAUUCUAUGAUUCAAUAACUGACGAAUAUUGUAUCUGUGAAUUUUUAAAACUUCACAUAAUCUUAAUUUUAGUGUUUGGUAAAAGUUGUAUUUAGAUAUCAUACGCGUUUCGUAUAUAAUGCUGAUCACGGUACGCGUGAUACGUACGGAUAGAUACAUAUAGAUAGGGCCGAUCUGUGGAAUGGAUGCUUAAUAAGUUACGUUUCGCGUUGCUUAUAAUCAUUUUUCUCGAAAUCUUUUAUAACGUUUGCUUUUAGUUAUUGUUGUAGCGAUUGCCUUUGUACGUCAUCUGUAGAACUUGAAACAAUUAUCAAUGAUGCUGUUUUAUUAAGGUCAUGACAACAAUUUGUUAUGUGCUUUCUAUAAAUUAUAUUUGUGAUUAUUGUGGUUUUGGAUAAAUCAUUCAUUUCUUGGUCAAAAUAUUAUAAAGAAUUUCAUACAAUUAUGGAAUCAAAUGAUAGGAAAAAUGUUUACCUUGCAAAAACGGGUGAUAAUUCUUUGAAUUCUGGAAUGAGAGACACAAUGAUUGUUGGUCAGACAAAUAUGACACAAGAAUGUGGUGAACCUGUAAUGAAACCUGGAAAUGUAUCUAGUGUUUCAAAUAAUCAAGCAAAGUGGUCUAAUACACAAAGUAAAAAUUUUAUAAUUAAUGCAGUUCCAGUAAAAAAUGAAAUCGUUCAUCUUGAAGAUGGAGCACAUUGCAAUAAGAAAAUGUAUUAUUAUGAUAGACAUUAUACUGGCCAUGAAGAAACAGAGAGACCAACACGUAGAGGAACAAAAAGAUAUAGAGAUAAAGAUGCACCUAAAAGAGCAUUGUCUGCCUUUUUCUAUUUUUGCCAAGAGUUACGUGGGAAAAUGAGAGAAUUACAUCCAGAAAUGGGAGUAGGUGACAUUGCCAAAGAAUUGGGUAAAUUAUGGAUGAGUACAGACCUUCAAACUAAAUCAAAGUAUAUGGCAAUAGCAGAAGAAGAUAGAGCCAGAUAUGAAAGAGAAAUUAUUGCAUAUAAUAAAAGAGUAAAAAACUAUGAUCCUGAAGAAGUUGGACCUGUAUAAGUUUUUAAAUCUAU